AUUAUGGAACAAUUGGAAUUAUACCGUUAAAAGAUCUAAACUUUAAAUAUAUACCAUGGACCCCACAUAUCAUUGACUCAUAUGGACCCAUAUGUAAGUGAGAUAGUAAUGGUAUGGAUCCAAAGUGGUGAUCUUUUAAUGGUAUGGAUCCAAAUUUCCCUAUUAUUAUUAGCUGCCCUGGCGGGCGGCAGAGCUCGGCGCGACACGGGAUCGCGUCUGCCGGCCAACCACUGCGGGCCGCAGAGCAUGGCCGGGCGCGACCGCCGCGGGGCCUUCCUGGCCUCGUCGUCGUCGUCGGGGUCAGGGUCGGGGAGGCGGGCGCCGGAGCACGAGUGGUGGCCGCGCAGCCCAGCGUGGUCGCGCCCGCUGUCCGACAGCGGCGGAGCCCGCGGACGCAAGAGCGGCUCCUCCACGUCCUCCUCCUCCUUCAGGUCCCUGUUCCGCUCCAUCGGAGUGUGGUUCAGCUCGCUCUCUACCGCGUCGCCGUCGCCCGCGUCCUCGUCCAUGAAGCAGAAGAGCAGGGACGCCGGGGCCAAGAAGCCGCCUUUGCCGGGGUACGCCGGGACGAAGACGUCCGCGCGCGGGCUGUACAGCGGCGGCGGCGGCGGCAGGCAGCACCGGCCUUCGUUCCAGAACUCCGUCUUCUCCAUUGAGGAGAUCCUUAGCGCCACCAACAACUUCUCGCCGGCGCUCAAGAUCGGGCAGGGUGGCUUCGGCGCGGUCUACAAGGGCGUCCUCCCCGAUGGCACCGUCGUCGCCGUCAAGCGAGCCAAGCUGCGGAUGCAGAACCCUCACGUGGACGUGGAGUUCCGGAGCGAAAUCAAGAUCAUGGCGCGCAUCGAGCACCAGAGCCUUGUUCGCUUCUACGGCUACAUGGAGUGCGGCGAGGAGCGCAUCGUCGUCGUCGAGUACGUCCCUAACGGCACCCUCCGGGAGCACCUCGACAGGUGCAACGGGCGGUUCCUGGACUUCGGCACGCGGCUCGACAUCGCCAUCGACGUCGCGCACGCCGUCACGUACCUGCACAUGUACUCCGACCACCCCAUCAUCCACCGCGACAUCAAGUCCUCCAACAUCCUCCUCACCGACUCGAUGCGGGCCAAGGUGGCCGACUUCGGCUUCGCGCGCCUCGGCGCCGGCCUGGGCGCCGGCGGGGAGGCCACGCACGUCACCACCCAGGUGAAGGGCACGGCGGGGUACCUGGACCCGGAGUACCUCAAGACGUGCCAGCUCACGGACCGCAGCGACGUCUACUCCUUUGGCGUGCUCCUCGUGGAGCUCGCCUCGGCGCGCCGCCCAAUCGAGACCAAGCGCGAGAUGAAGGAGCGCCUCACCGCGCGCUGGGCCAUGGGCAGGUUCAUCGGUGGCGCCUCGGCCGACGUGCUGGACCCGCACCUCGCCCGCACGCCCGCCGCCGACCGCGCGCUGGAGGCGGUGCUGGAGCUCGCGUUCCGGUGCAUGGGACCCGUCAGGCAGGACAGGCCCGCCAUGAGCGACUGCUGCAGGGCGCUCUGGGCCAUCAGGAAGACGUACCGGGACAUGCUCGCCGCCGAUGCCACGCCGCAGUUCUCCGAUCGGCGGGCCACCACCAGCAGCAGCAGCGCCGACAGCAGCGGCGACCUCUGGAGGAUCUGAUCGUUCCAAGGUCAUGAAUCCUGCUAGCUAAGCUGCUAGCUGAUUUUGUUUGACUGAAACACUUAAGUUUGCUGUAAAUAUAUAUACACUGUAAUUUAUUUUUUUGGCCACAUUUUACAUUUUUUGGUUAUUAUAUGUCCAUCUGAUGCUAAACGUUGGAUUCCAUAUGAUUGCUGCUGCUGUUAGUAGUCUUGUUUAGAAAAGUUUUUUUGGAUUCUGUUUUAGCUAGCAGCUCGGUCAUCCAAUACACCCAUCUGAAAGGGUCCACCUUCA